CUGAGUCAGAGGGGAGGCUCUCUGCCUCGGCAGAGCGCACCCGGGGCUGCCCGGGCUUUUGGGAGCCGUUGGGCCAGGGAGCAGAGCUGGCCCGGCUGCUCGUGCCAAGGAAGGAGGGGGCCCGCCGAGGCCGCCAAAGCAGGCUGGGGCGGGAGGGGCCAGGCCAGCUGGGGCCGGAGCUAGUGUGACAUCACCGGGCGGCCCGCCUCUGUCUGGGGCUGAGGGGAGGCCCUGAGCCUUUCUGGGGCCUGGGGGAUCCUCUUGCACUGGUGGGUGGAGAGAAGUGCCUGCAGCCAACCAGGGUCAGGCUGUGCUCACAGUUUCCUUCGGCAGCAUGUAAAGGCUCCACAAAGGAGUUGGGAGUUCAAAUGAGGCUGCCGCAGACGGCCUGAGGAUGGACCCUGCGCCCUGAGCAGUGCCGCCUGAGCUCCGGACCUGCAGAGCAUGGCACUGGGGCUGCUGCCAGCCCCCGCGAGAGAAGGCAGGUUGUGAGCCACCCGGCGGGACCCCGGGCCAGCCCCCGCCCCAUCCCCGGCCGGAGCCCCGCUGUGGAGGCAGAGCGGAGCGAGCAGAGGCCAGUGAGGCAGGGCUGCUCUGCGGCCGGUCCAGCCUGCGACUCAGGGAGGCCAUGGCCAGGCUGCCCCGCUGACGGCCGAGGUGAAGCAUGUGAGCAGCUGCCCCGGGAGCCAGGCAGGAGGGAAGAGGAUUUCAUAGUCUCUGCUCUCAAAGAAGAACCCCCACUUUGCAAGGACCAUGAGGCCACUGUGCGUGACGUGCUGGUGGCUGGGACUGCUGGCCGCCCUGGGAGCGGCUGUGGGCCAGAAGGAGGGCUUUGAGGGCACAGAGGAGGGCUCGCCCAGCGAGUUCAUCUACCUGAACAGGUACAAGCGGGCCGGCGAGUCCUCGGACAAGUGCACCUACACCUUCAUCGUCCCCCAGCAGCGGGUCACGGGCGCCAUCUGCGUCAACUCCAAGGAGCCCGAGGUGCUCCUGGAGAACCGGGUGCACAAGCAGGAGCUGGAGCUGCUCAACAACGAGCUGCUCAAGCAGAAGCGGCAGAUCGAGACGCUGCAGCAGCUGGUGGAGGUGGACGGCGGCAUCGUGAGCGAGGUGAAGCUGCUGCGCAAGGAAAGCCGCAACAUGAACUCGCGGGUCACGCAGCUCUACAUGCAGCUCCUGCACGAGAUCAUCCGCAAGCGGGACAAUGCGCUCGAGCUCUCCCAGCUGGAGAACAGGAUCCUCAACCAGACGGCUGACAUGCUGCAGCUGGCCAGCAAGUACAAGGACCUGGAGCACAAGUACCAGCACCUGGCCACGCUGGCCCACAACCAGUCAGAGAUCAUCGCGCAGCUGGAGGAGCACUGCCAGCGGGUGCCCGCCGCCCGGCCCGUGCCCCAGCCACCCCCCGCCGCCCCGCCUCGCCUCUACCAGCCGCCCCCCUACAACCGCAUCAUCAACCAGAUCUCCACCAACGAGAUCCAGAGCGACCAGAACCUGAAGGUGCUGCCGCCCCCUCUGCCCACCAUGCCCACCCUCACCAGCCUCCCAUCCUCCACAGACAAGCCGUCGGGCCCCUGGAGAGACUGCCUGCAGGCCCUGGAGGACGGCCACGACACCAGCUCCAUCUACCUGGUGAAGCCAGAGAACACCAACCGCCUCAUGCAGGUGUGGUGCGACCAGAGACACGACCCCGGGGGCUGGACCGUCAUCCAGAGGCGCCUGGAUGGCUCGGUCAACUUCUUCCGAAACUGGGAGACGUACAAGCAAGGGUUUGGGAACAUCGACGGCGAGUACUGGCUGGGCCUGGAGAACAUUUACUGGCUGACGAACCAAGGCAACUACAAACUGCUGGUGACCAUGGAAGACUGGUCUGGCCGCAAGGUCUUCGCAGAAUAUGCCAGCUUCCGCCUGGAGCCUGAGAGCGAGUAUUAUAAGCUGCGGCUGGGGCGCUACCAUGGCAACGCUGGUGACUCCUUUACCUGGCACAAUGGCAAGCAGUUCACCACCCUGGACAGAGACCAUGAUGUCUACACAGGCAACUGUGCCCACUACCAGAAGGGCGGCUGGUGGUAUAAUGCCUGUGCCCACUCCAACCUCAACGGCGUCUGGUACCGCGGGGGCCACUACCGGAGCCGCUACCAGGACGGAGUCUACUGGGCUGAGUUCCGAGGAGGCUCCUACUCGCUCAAGAAGGUGGUGAUGAUGAUCCGGCCGAACCCCAACACCUUCCACUAGGCUGGCCCCCCUCCUGAGCCCUCGUGGCCGCCGGGAGCCUGCCCGGCUGUGCUGGCCCAGCACAGAGAGCGCCUCCUUCCAGCUCACCUCGGGACUGGGAGGACUGUGACGCUGGACUCUGAUUUCCCAAGUCACUGCGGCAGAUAAUACAACUGAAUCGAAGCGGUAUUCUCUGUUGCUACUACUCUUCUCCACAUCGGACAGCCCCUCGUGUUUCCAGACAGGACAGGACGGCAGACAAGUCUUUCCUUAAAUAAAUUAAGCCCCAGCAAUAAAAACACAACUGCAAAACACCUUCAUAAUAUA